UUUCCUGCAGAGCCAUGGCGCCCAAAAAGAAAGGGAAGAAAGGCAAAGCCAAAGGCACCCCAGUUGUCGAUGGGCUUGCCCCCGAGGACAUGAACAAGGAGCAGGUGGAGGAGCAUGUGGGCCGCAUCCGGGAAGAGCUGGACCGGGAGCGUGAGGAGCGCAACUACUUCCAGCUGGAGCGGGACAAGAUCCACACGUUCUGGGAGAUCACGCGGCGGCAGCUGGAGGAGAAGAAGGCCGAGCUGCGUAACAAGGACCGGGAGAUGGAAGAGGCAGAGGAGCGGCACCAAGUGGAGAUCAAGGUCUACAAACAGAAGGUGAAACACCUGCUGUAUGAGCACCAGAACAACCUGACCGAGAUGAAGGCAGAAGGCACGGUGAUCAUGAAGCUGGCGCAGAAGGAGCACCACACACAGGAGGGCGCACUGCGCAAGGACAUGCGUGCACUGAAGGUGGAGCUGAAGGAGCAGGAGCUGGCCAACGAGGUGGUGGUGAAGAGCCUGCGCCUGAAACAUUCGGAGGAGAUCACCGCCAUGCGGAGCGACUUUGAGAGGCAAGUUCGAGAAAUCGAGGCCAAAUAUGACAAGAAGUUGAAGCUGCUGCGGGACGAGAUGGACCUGCGCAGAAAGACAGAGACCCACGAGGUGGAGGAGCGCAAGAGCGGGCAGAUCCGCAUGCUGAUGCAGAAGCACGAGGAGGCCUUUAGUGACAUCAAGAACUACUACAAUGACAUCACGCUCAACAACCUGGCCCUCAUCAACUCUCUCAAGGAGCAGAUGGAAGACAUGCGCAAGAAGGAGGACCACCUGGAGAGGGAGAUGGCGGAGGUGACCAUGCAGAACAAGCGCCUGGCGGACCCGCUGCAGCGGGCACGCGACGACAUGAACGAGAUGCAGAGGAAGCUCACGCACUAUGAGCGCGACAAGCAGAUCUUGACGUGCACUAAGGCCCGUCUGAAAGUCACCGAGAAAGAUUUUAAGGAUCUUCAGUGGGAGCACGAGGUGCUGGAGCAGCGGUUCAUCCAGGUGCAGCAGGAGCGGGACCGGCUCUACCAGAGGUUCACAGCCGCCAUCCAGGAGGUGCAGCAGAAGGCCGGCUUCCAGAACCUGAUCCUGGAGCGCAAGCUGCAGGCGCUGAGCAGUGCCGUGGAGCAGAAGGAGGCGCAGCUCAACGAGGUGCUGGCUACCUCCAACUUGGACCCUGCCGCCCUGACGGUCGUGUCCCGCAAGCUCGAGGACAUCUUGGAAUCCAAGAACAGCACCAUCAAGGACCUUCAGUAUGAGCUGGCCCGAGUGUGCAAGGCGCACAACGACCUCCUUCGGACCUACGAGGCGAAGCUCCUGGCCUUCGGGAUCCCCCUGGACAACGUGGGCUUCAGACCCUUGGAAACAGCCAUCGUCGGGCAGACACUGGGCCAGGGCCCUGCCGGGCUGGUGGCCACCCCUACAUAGGCAUCGAGGCCCCGUUGUGUGCAGCCCUCAUCCACCAAGUGGGUGGGCUGCUGUUUUUAAGAUUUGUAUGGUUAGCAAUGGAAAGUUUUCCCUUUGA